AAUAUCUUCAUUUCAAACACACCAUCACCAUUAUUUUACACACCAAAAAAAGUCAGAAGCAAAUAGUAUAUUUCUUGUAGCUCAUAGGAAUGGUGAGAUAUAAGUUGUACAUAGUGAAGUUCAAUACUCUGAGCUUUCGAAGAAAUCUUUGUUGUUAAAUUCUGAUAUCUCUUAAGACACAUUUCUUGGUCAAAUAAGUAGUGAUGUAAUUCAAGAUGGAUUCCAAAGCAUGGAAUCUGUCUACGAUAAAUUCCCCAGACAUCAAUAAGGGGUUUAUGUUGGUUCACGACCUUUCCCAAUCAAUGACGAACCAACAUAGCGGCAUUUUAUACGAAAAGCAUCACGUGAAUACGAUGCAGUUGAAGUAUUUAUCGGAGUGUCUAAAAAUGUUGAGGGGGAAGAUGAUGGUAAUCCAUUCUUCCAUCAACCAAUGAAUCAACCCUUUUCAUUCCAUUUUGCUCAAAAUGUUGAAAGCGAUCAUCAUCAUUAUCAUCAUUAUCAUCAACAUCCAAUCCAAGAAAUCAUCAAUCGAAUUCCAGAAAGGGGGAGUCCAAGAACUGGCCGCCAGAAACAAUGGAAGAAGAAGAAGAAAUGGUGCUCAUCGUCCACCAUUCCUUCGACCUGAGAGGAGAUUCUGAGGUGAUACGGAGCCGGCCUAAACGGUUGUCGGCCGGGCCAGGGGAGGAAUCGUAGGAGGGUCUUGCCAGAGAUUUCUACGCCAAUCAAUUUUGGAUUUCUUCGUCCAAUUGAGUAUGAUUGCAAGCAUAGAGAACCUCAACGAAGAUUUGGUGGCGGAGAUUCUUCACCGGCUCACCUACAAAGAGUCACGGCGAUGCCUGUGUGUAUGCAAGACAUGGUCACUCAUAGUGUCGCAGCCAUCCUUCCUCAAGAAACUCAUGACCUUCCACGGUCCUAAAAACCAAGUUCAACAACAACCUUAUGCCAUCGUGAACAUCAUCGGAUGUCAAGACUUCAACACCAAAAAUGAGUUAAAAGGAUGUACAUGUUAUAGUCAUGAUGAAGAUAAUAACCCCCCUGUGGUGGUCUUCGACAGGUCUCUUGACUUCCUGCCGAAGAGGGAAGGAGAAGAGAUAGAGGUCUUGAGGGUGUCGGGAGAUUUGUUCCUCUGCCGCCACUCGAAGAAGAGUGGUAGCCGCCCUAUGCGGGCCCACCAUUUGGGCGGCAGCAUCAGCGGCGGCGAUGAAGAAGAUUAUUACUAUGUUUGUAACCCAAUAACCAGGCAGUGGGUUUCUCUUCCUCCUCGAGCUCGCGGUCAUGGAUCAAACAUUCAAUUUUAUUCAGGCCAGUUUUACGAAGAAGAUCCAACCACGAGUAGUAGUAUUUACCGUCCAGAAUAUGAGUAUGUUGUUUUGGCUAUGGUUGAUGAGGCGCCAACACAUCACUCGUUAUCGUCCAUCAAUGUUGAAUUCUUUUCUUCUAAGGCCGGGAUAUGGAGGACUUUGUCUUUAUCAGCCCCGCAAGGCUUCGUUUUUUCCCAUGAAUUUUGGUUACAGGAGAGCUGUCUACACGAGGGUGUUUUGUGGUAUUGCAAUGGAAUACAGCUUCUCAGGUACAAUAUUAAUAAAGAUUUGCGACGACAGGAGCCUAUGUUGUUCAAUCUACCUCAUGACUAUAUUGUUCCUGAUGUAUUGGCAAUCUAUAUCGGAGUAUGUUGUGGUCGCUUUCAUCUAGUAGGGCACUUUGAGGAGGAGGAUGAUGAUGAAGAGAAUGUUACAAUACCGUCCUAUUUGAUGGUUUGGGAACUCGAUGAGGAAGAAGAAGAAGAAGAAGGAAGAGGGGGAAAAUGGAGGUUGAUGCACAAAAUCUGUGCAACUGACAUUGGAAUUCUAUACCUAAGUCUUCAUCCGGGCCAUCCUGACAUCAUCUUCUUCGAGCUAUGCCAUCGCCUGGUCGAGUGUAACCCUCGCACAAAAGAUUUCAAAUACAAGAAAAAAGCAGCAACGAGAUACACAAUUUCUAACCGAUCUAAGAGCCAAAUAUUUUUUAUACCGCCGUUGUAUCCAACCCCAGUUCUACCUUUGAAAAAUAUGCAAGAGGAGAACCGCUUUUUUGAUCCUCCUGUACUACCUGUGGUCACUAGCAUUUGGGAGCAAGUUGAUUUUCUUGGAGAAUUUCGAAAAAAAUUGCAAGUUGUGUAGAUAUGUCCCUACUUGUAAUCUGUGUUCUAUUAUGUUCAUUUAUGCGUCAACUUUCAGUAAAAAACAUUUGUAGCUUUUACAAUUUCUCUCCAUAAGUUUUAUCAUCUUCAACCAAACAAUUUCACUCUGCUUAAUCUCGACCAUUUAUUAGAUCGGAGGAGAGUGUAUCUUGUUGUUACAUCUUUUCAAUAAUAUGGGUUUUGGAAU